CCUUCCUCCUUAGAGGAGCCAAAGGCAUGGCCAGCAGCGAUCCAUAUCCUCCGCGUCGGCCAACCACUCGGAAAGCAAUUGUCUUCUCCCGCCUCAUGGCCUCUCCAUUCGUGAUCCCGGUGACUCCACACGUGAAAGCACCGCUCACCUUGACAUCCUCCUCCGUCCGGAGCCCGGAGCUAGCUUUAUAUACCGGCGCCUGAACACCCAGCAGCCUUGAUUAAUUCUUUGCUGUAAGUACGUACGUGCAAUGGCAGCCGAUCCUUCGUCGUCGACGACGACGACGGGCCAUGGGCUUCACGCCACGGAGGAGGCGAGGCAGGCGGCGAUGAGCGGGCCGAUCAGCGCCCGGAGGCCGCCGCCCCCGGCGUCGCAGAGGGCGUUCAGCCGGCAGGUCUCCCUCGGCAGCGGCGUGACGGUGCUGGGCAUGGACAGAGUAGGAGGAGGCGGCAGGAACGGCGGCAGACGCAGCGCGCUCCCACGCAGCGGCAAGAGUCUCGGCGUGCUCAAUAACAACAUCAACCACAGCGGCGCGCUCGGCGGGGGCGGUGGAGAGCGCAGGGGCGGCGGCGACUUCAGCAUGUUCCGGACCAAGUCGACGCUCAACAAGCAGAACUCCAUGCUGCCGUCCAGGAUCCGGGAGGAGCUCGACGACGUCGAUCUGGGGCGUGUCGAGGGAGGCGGCCAGUCCGCUGGGAGGCCCGACGAGGACCCUCUCAACAAGAGCGUCCCCGCCGGCCGCUACUUCGCCGCCCUCCGCGGCCCUGAGCUCGACGAAGUCCGCGACUACGAGGACAUCCUGUUGCCGAAGGACGAGGUGUGGCCGUUCCUGCUGCGGUUCCCGAUCGGGUGCUUCGGGGUCUGCCUGGGGCUGGGCAGCCAGGCGAUCCUGUGGGGCGCGCUGGCGGCGUCCCCGGCGAUGCGGUUCCUCCGGGUGACGCCCAUGAUCAACCUCGCCGUGUGGCUCCUGGCGGCCGCGGUGCUGGCGGCCACGUCCGUCACCUACGCGCUCAAGUGCGUCUUCUACUUCGAGGCGAUCCGGCGCGAGUUCUUCCACCCGGUCCGCGUCAACUUCUUCUUCACCCCGUCCAUCGCCGCCAUGUUCCUGGCCAUCGGCCUGCCCCGCGCCCUGGCGCCCGCGGACGGCCGGGCGAUGCACCCGGCCGUGUGGUGCGCGUCCGUGGCGCCGCUGUUCGCGCUGGAGCUCAAGAUAUACGGGCAGUGGCUGUCGGGGGGCAAGCGGAGGCUCUGCAAGGUGGCCAACCCGUCGUCCCACCUGUCGGUCGUGGGGAACUUCGUCGGGGCCAUCCUGGCGGCCAGGGUCGGCUGGGUGGAGGCCGGGAAGUUCCUGUGGGCCAUCGGCGUGGCCCACUACAUCGUCGUCUUCGUCACGCUCUACCAGCGGCUCCCCACCAACGAGGCGCUCCCCAUGGAGCUGCACCCGGUCUACUCCAUGUUCAUCGCCACGCCCUCCGCCGCCAGCCUCGCCUGGGCGGCCAUCUACGGCAGCUUCGACGCCGUCGCCCGCACCUUCUUCUUCAUGGCGCUCUUCCUGUACAUGUCCCUCGUCGUGCGCAUCAACUUCUUCCGCGGAUUCCGGUUCUCCAUAGCGUGGUGGUCGUACACGUUCCCCAUGACGACGGCGUCGCUCGCCACCGUCAAGUACGCCGAGGCCGUGCCGUGCUUCCUGAGCAGAGCGCUCGCGCUGAGCCUCUCGCUCAUGUCGACGACAAUGGUGUCGCUGCUGCUCGUGUCGACGCUCUUGCACGCCUUCGUCUGGCGCUCGCUGUUCCCCAACGACCUGGCCAUUGCCAUCACCAAGGACCGGCAGAACGGCGGGGCGAGGCCGCACGGGAAGGGGAGGAAGGCUGGCAAGAGGGUGUACGACAUCAAGCGGUGGGCGAAGCAGGCGCCGCUCUCGCUCGUGUCGUCCAUCACCAAGACCAAUUCGGCGGACAAGGAGGAAGAGGAGAAGACAGACUAGGAGUUUGAUUUAACAGCAUUGUACAGCCAGAGCCAGGGCUCCAUGGCUUCAUUUGUAUAAAUAAUUACGAUAUGCAUAGUUUGAUCGAUAUAGCAGAAAUGUAAUAUUAAUGGAUCACAAGAAAGCUGUACAUGCUUAUUCUCCU